AUGACAUUCUCUUCCUUGUCCCUUCUUACGUUUGACAACGUCAGUCUCUUCAAAGUGUCGGAUACUCGAGGAAACGGGUUCAAUCCCUCUACUGGUACGGGAACACUUCGCAUCAACUACAUCAAAGAAAGCGACAAGGAUGGUCCAAACUGUAGAGGCUACGGGCAAAUGACGUACCACAACAACCUGUCCAAGGCUUGUGGCCUCAAUACUUUCAUUGUGCCAAGGUUCGUAAUGCGCAUCUUCGCGGAUGAAACUGACAGGGUAACGUUCAAAGCUUUGAGCGGCGUGCUUGAAAGCAACAACAAGAGGAAUAUGUAUUCCAUGCGACUCGCAUCAUCUGAGGAUGCAGGACGUCUCUGCUACGCUGUGAAUCUUCUACAAUACGGAGCAUCUUUGGCUGAAGCUGGAAACCCUAUUGCUCUUCCAGAUCUUCAUUCUAUCGAGAUGAUCGCUGCCCGAUCCGUGAUUGGCACUGAUCAGAGUUUGGUUGAGCGCCAUUUCAUUUGGUCUAGACUUAUUGAUGUUGCAAAAACACACCACAAUCAGCUUUCUUCAGUUGACCUUUGUUUGGCUUCUAGUCUUUUUUCCGCCGCUUUGCCAGCAGAUGAAGACACUGCCCAGACUGUUGAAACAGAAGAGACUGUAGAGGACAUCAUCCUGGAUCCUAAUACAUUGAACACCGCAGAAAAUAGUGAAGAAGCAACUUCCAAUGAUGUCAACAUAUCCGACGAAGAAUACGAUCCUUACGAAGCAUCUCAAGAUUGGAGAGCCGCAUUUUAA